UUAUAGCUAGGCUCAUUUUCAAUAAUAAAACUAUUUCAAUAAUAUUGUACAGAUAUUUUACAAAUCAGAAAAUUAAAUAUAACACAUUUUCAAAAUAAGCACAUCCAUCCAUCCAUUUUCUACCGCUUGUCCCUUUUGGGGUCUUUGUCACGCCAAAGUUCUUCCCUCUACAAAAACCUUCCCUCCCCCAUUUACUUCCGGGGCUGCGUCCAAUAAAAUCACAAAGUUGCCGGGGGUCCUUAACCUGCACGCGACAGUCCUGUUUCGUGCCUGUACAAAUACAAAACCAUAAUCGAUUUCUUCAGAUUCCAGCAGCUGUCAAAGACAAAGAAUCCUUCCAGCGACGGGCAGUCAAAGCCGAAGUGCUAUCGAUCGCUGUCAAUGACGUCACGUGACCGGCCGAGUAUUGUCCAGCGGAUAAAAGUCAAGAUGUUUUGUCGGCGAGGACCCAUUUCCCAGUAACGGACGUCCCUUUUAUUUUUAAAUCCUGGACUCUGUGGAUCAGAGGACUCUUCUGGCAACUUCAGCUGGUUGGGCGGAGGAGAGCGUCGCAUCGCCACGGCAACAAGAGCUGAAAGGGAUGGAGAGGUGUGAGUCAGUCAGCAGCGUCAGUGACUCGUCAAUCAACAUGACGACUGUCAGUCUCAACAUGGAGAGGUUUCACUUCCUGGGGGUCAACAUCGUCGGCCAAGACGACGACAGCGGUGACGGCGCCAUCUACAUCGGGUCCAUCAUGGAGGGCGGGGCCGUGGCGGCGGAUGGACGCAUCGAGCCGGGCGACAUGUUGCUGCAGGUAAACGACGUUGACCUGGAGAACGCCACAAGCGAGGACGCCGUACGAGUCCUCCGAGACGUCGUCCGUCAGCCCGGGCCGGUGACGUUAACGGUGGUCAAGUGUUGGCCCGCGAGUGUUUUCAGGCCGCCAAAAGGUGAGCCGGUCCGCCCAAUUGACCCCGCCUCCUGGGUGUCCCACACAACCGCCAUGGCCGGGAAGCUCCUCCCCCAUUACGGCCAAGACGAGCGGCUGAGCGUCCACAGCGACAUGGCGGCCGUUGUCAUGGCGAUGACCAACCCGGAAUCGGGCGUGGAGGUCCGGGACAGGAUGUGGAUCAAGAUCAUCAUCCCGAACGCAUUCAUCGGUUCGGACGCGGUCCAAUGGCUGCACCAGAACCUCCGGGGCUUCACGGACCGCCGGCAGCCUGGCAGGUACGCCGCCAAGCUGCUGAAGCGCGGCUACAUCCGCCACGCUUUCAACAAGGUGACCUUUUCGCAGCAGCGCUACUACGUCCUCGGAGAUCUGUCCGUGACGGCGCCGCGGGACCGACGCGACGACGCCUACCCGUGGCCCCUCCCACGGCCGGCCUUGGAAGCAGGAAGUCACAGCAACGGCAAGGAGGCGGCUGAAUAAACAGGAAGUGACAAAGACCGGCCCAAUCAGUGUCCGACACCGGGGAUCGACGCAUGGAUUUAUGCAAAUAAGGCUCCUAUGACAUCAUCAACUAGUACCGUAUUUUUCGGACUAUAAGUCGCAGUUUUUUUCAUAGUUUGGCCGGGGGUGCAACUUAUACUCAGGAGCGACUUAUGUGUGGAAUUAUUGACACAUUAGCGUAAAAUAUCAAAUAAUAUUAUUUAGCUCAUUCACGUAAGAGACUAGACGUAUAAGAUUUCAUGGGAUUUAGCGAUUAGGAGUGACAAAUUGUUUGGUAAACGUAUAGCAUGUUCUAUAUGUUAUAGUUAUUUGAAUGACUCUUACCAUAAUAUGUUACGUUAAUAUACCAGGCACCUUCUCAGUUGGUUAUUUAUGCCUCAUAUAACGUACACUUAUUCAGCCUGUUGUUCACUAUUCUUUAUUUAUUUUAAAUUGCCUUUCAAAUGUCUAUUCUUGGUGUUGGCUUUUAUCAAAUACAUUUCCCCAAAAAAUGCAACUUAUACUCCAGUGCGACUUAUAUAUGUUUUUUUCCUUCUUUAUUAUGCAUUUUCGGCCGUUGCGACUUAUACUCCGGAGCGACUUAUACUCCGAAAAAUACGGUAAUUAUAACUACACAAUACAGAAACAAAUAAAAGCAUCAAUAGGAAAACAAACAAACAACUUACAGUUCCAGAAUAAUAAUUACCAUAUAAAUAUAUAACCAAACAAAAAUCAUCCAUAAGCAAACUAAUUUACAGACUCAGAUAAAAUAUUGCUUUCCUUUUAAAAACCUGUUUACUUUCAAUGCCGGUGAGAGUUCGAGGCAGGUUAUUCCAGAGCGAUACAGAUCUAUAAUUAAAAGAUUUCCGCAAAGCAUUCUUCCUGGGACGAGGGAGUACAAAAUGCCCCUCACUAGACGCCCUGGUAUUAUGAUUAUGUAUAGUGCUACUGUAAACUAUUUGGGCCAUGAGAAAAGCAGGAGUUUUACUUGCGGUUACUGAUUUGAACAAUAUUAGAAUAUUAGCUGACAACCUGUUCUGCACUGUUAGCCAGGAAAGAGAAGCAUGCAUUUGGUUAACAUUGAUAACCGUGCAUUUUUGCAUUUUGGAUGAACAUUUUUUUCGAUUUUUCUGUUUAUCUGGAACAAUUAAAACCCUGUUCGUUCUAUUUCCUACAGAGCCCCUAUAUCAGUGGUUCUCAAACUUUUUUUUGUCAUCCCCCACUUUGGACAAGGGGGAGUUUUCAAGCCCCACCUGCCCCCAUCGCCCCAACAGAAAGCUAAUGCCAAGCUUAACAUUUUCAAAUUUA